AAAUGGAAGCCAUUUAAAACCCCUAGAUAGGUUAGAAUGUUACAUUGGCUGCUGCUUCCUAGUUCAAUUUCCACUCCGAAACAAGGCCUACUGCUUGUUCAGCUGCUACCAUGGUGAACGUACCAAAGACGAAGAAGACUUAUUGCAAGAGCAAGGAGUGCAUGAAGCACACUUUGCACAAGGUUACACAGUAUAAGAAGGGUAAGGAUAGUUUGGCUGCUCAAGGAAAGCGUCGUUAUGAUCGCAAACAAUCAGGUUAUGGUGGUCAGACCAAACCAGUGUUCCACAAGAAGGCGAAGACCACCAAGAAGAUUGUGCUAAGGCUUCAAUGCCAGGGUUGCAAGCAUGUCUCGCAGCAUCCAAUCAAGAGGUGCAAGCACUUCGAGAUUGGUGGAGACAAGAAGGGGAAAGGAACAUCUCUUUUCUAAAUAUGAUGUUAUUCAUGUCAAAUGUUAUGUGUUUUACUUGGAAUUUUGUUAAGUUUUCUUUUAGUUAUCUAAUGUUGUUUUCCAGAGGAUAUUGUGUUAUUUAAGGUUUCUU